UAUUAUUUUUCCUUAGGUGUGGAAUUUUCGUUAAUAAAGUUUAAUCAAGACAAUUAGUAAUAUUUUCUCUUAUUACACUGUAAGCCCUUUUCAUAACAUUGUCGUGAAUUUAUCCAAUCAGUUGGAUGAGUCACACAAAAAAAGAUCCGGUGAUUUCGCGGGAUAUUUCUGAAUGCAUUUAAUUUUAGCAACGCCCUUGAAAAUGAGGCUACCAAUCAUCAUCACAUCGCUGCUAACGCUCCACCUAGUCGCGGGUCAAGAGUUCCAGUGCUCGCUGGAAAAGAUCGAUUCCAGCGAGGAUGAGCACUGCGUGUUCCGGGAUGUGAACCUCAAAGCAGCGACUGCCGGCGCAAAGUUUAGUUAUCCGGCCGGCGCGCCAAAGCCAACUCACGUGGCCUUUCUAAGUAGCAGCAUGAAACAGGUGCCUUCAAACUUUUUGAACCUAGCCGGUCCGGAGCUCAAAGUGCUCCGGGUUGAAAGCUGUGGCCUGCAGUCGGUGGCCAUCAGCAGUGGGCUGGAAGCUCUGUACGCCAAAGACAAUACAAUUGUAACGGUCAUCGUUCACCAGAGUGGACCGGACGGGCCACUCCGGACGUUAGAUUUAAGCGGAAACAGCCUCAAAGAUAUCAGCAACGUGACCAAAUGCCAAGCUGUGGAAACUCUUAAUUUAAGUGGAAAUGAUCUUGGAGACACUUUGGAGCUGAACAAAUUUAAGGGGAUGAACAACCUGCGCAAGCUUGUCCUAGCCCGCAACGAGAUAAACUACAUCGAUAACACGGGCAACACAAAUCUAGAAUCACUGGAAGAUCUGGAUUUAUCCCACAACAACAUCCUUCCAUCGGAUUUAAACAUCCAAAUCUUCUACCCGCUCACCAAGCUACAAACUCUCCGGCUCAACGACAAUCUCAUGGCCCAACUCGACUACAACCUGCUGCUCAGCAUCAAAUCGCUCAAAACGGUCUACCUCAACGGGAACAACUUUGAUUGCACCUACCUCGAACGAAUGCUGCAACAUCUUCAAGCCAACAACCUCCAAACCCCACCCGGUGGACCGUACCCGUGCAAGACCAAAAUCAUGGACGGCUUUUGCUGCACCGGACCUGUACCAACGAAGCCAACAACACCCGGACCAAUCGAUCCGAAAACGACCACCGAAAGGGCCAACGUCCCACCGACACCCGUGCCGGAUGCCGGAAAAGACGGCGACAAUGACGCCGGUUCUGCACCCAGCUGGCUGUGGUUCGGCGUCGGAGCCGGCGUGGCUGCGCUCGUUAUUGCGGCCAUCGUAGGGAUUGUCGUGUGGAAAAAUCAGCAGAAAAAGGCUGCGAGCAACUAUCGGGUGCCGCCGGGAAAUUUGGAACUGUCAUAAGGCUAAACAUAAACUUAACACUUCAGGACAAGUUUUCAAAUCAUAUUGAAAAAAAAGUGCUUCGAACUGUGAUUCACAGUUCACCAAAACUAAAUCGAUCUACUGCCGAUCUGCCUUACUGAAUGCUAAUCGUUAACAUUUCGUCUGUGGCAGAAAAACGUAUAUACCUAUAAGGAUUUUGUUCCGAGUGUUCAUAAAGCUUUUAUAAAUGUUGGUACAUUUACACCAAAAUAUAAUUUUAUGUCGCUUGAUCGUAAUUUGUUGUUGGAGUCAGAUUUUUUUUGGAAAGCUGGAGUCAGAGUCGCUAAAUUUUCUGAAACCGGAGUCGAAGACGCUUCAAGGUAUGAUCGAGUGUUUUUUUUUUUUUUUUUUUUUUUUGAUCCAAUUCAUAAACCUAAGGAUCCCGAGAUAUCUGGGGGAAUCAAACGAGAACACCAUCCCAAAUUUACAAUCCACAGGUCUCUAUUGCAAAUAUCUGCUCGCCACUGGGCACUCAAAGAAUUGAACGUGGAGAACACCAAAAUCUCUUUUCAAACCCAGAACCCUUAAAUCGCGGGAUUCGAACUGACGACCUUUGGAUUACGCGUCCAAGCGCUGACAAGCGACUCCGCCGAAGCAGGAUUGGUUUGGUACAGUUUCCCCCAGAAUUGGUAACGAAUCAAAAUAAAUUCUGUGUGUAUGAUGAUGGCGGGUUUAAUUUGUUAAACAAAGGAAUAUGGAUGUUUAUACAACAUCAAAGCCAUAGACAUACUAACAUUACCUAUUUAAAUUGCUCUUUCAUCAAUUUUCCAAAUCGAUAUGACAAGUGUUGAGACAUGGCGAAUAAUUAAACACAGUUUGUAGAACACUUGAGCAAUAGUUCAUUAGAAGACGACUUAACACGAUCCCGGAUCGUGGUGGAAAGAGACCUUGUCUUGAUCUUCAAGGCCUUUUUUCAUAACUUAUUUUUAUUAGGUCCUUUUAGGUACUACGACCAGGUUAGGACAGGGGAUCCUCAAGGCCUUUAUAGCCUUUACAAUAAACUGGUUCUCUACUAUA